AUGGGUAUAAAUGGACAACAAGGGCAUGUCCACGAAUCCCUUUCUCCCUCCGGUAUGGGUCUUUUUAUCAGAUUUAGAGGACAACGCAAGUACUGUCCGUCGCUGUCCAGGUUCAGCAGGCGUCUAAAGGCGAAAGAAUCAAAACUGGGGAACGACCUUAGUUCCCCAGGCUCUGUAAACGUCCCUAAGCAUGUUGUCAUAGUUAUGGAUGGCCUCAAGGAGUUCACCACCCAGCUACUCGAGUGGGUGCUUGAAAACAUCAGUGCCUCCGGUCACAUCGUCACCCUCUUGGGUUUCAUGCCGUGGUUGAACAUCCCCUUGUCUUCGAAGACCUGGCAGGAUGUAUGGAUGCUGGAGUUUGAGCACUUAACUUUACUAAGAGAAAGAAACGAGUGGAAGAAUGAUGCCAAAUAUCUGAAGCUGCAAGCAGUGCUUAACCUUUGCAGAGACCAUGGGGUUAUGCUACAAAAGGAAAUUGUAAUGGGUUAUCCUUUACCAUCGCUUGUUGUGGAAAGGAUCAUUAGUCAUCGAGCCACUUGGGUAGUUUUCAACAAUGACCGAUAUUUGAGAAAAAACAGGGUCUACUUUACUAAGAAAAUACCCUGCAACAUGGUGAUGAUGAGUGAGGAAGGGGACAUGGACAUGAUCAAAGGGCGUCCAAUGAUCGAUAACGGAGAGAACACGCCGUGCGAGUCUCCGGCCUGUUUGGUGCCUACUCCAUUGCUUAUAUGUUCUGAACCAUUGAAACGAAUCCUGGAGGAGCAAGAGCUGCAGAAAUACGAUGAUGAUUAG